AUGCGACGACUAUUAUUCAUAGUCACGGCGACAACGUGUUCGAUUGGUGUUUGUUGGACAACGCUCACAUUCUUCGGCGACAGUACAAAAUUGUGGAAGGAUAAGGCACUCAAUGAGACUGUUACGGUUGAGAUUCCCAGGCUGAUGAUAAAGUCAUGGUACCCAUGGAACUCAUACACUGGAAUGGGAUAUUACCUUUCAUUUGCAUUGCAAUUCUAUUAUUUGCUCUUCUCUAUGCUGCAAGCGAAUCUAUCUGAUGUUCUCUUCUGCUCAUGGGUGCUCUUCUGUUGCGAGCAAUUGCAGCAUCUUAAGGGAAUUAUGAGGCCAUUGAUGGAGCUUUCAGCUACAUUGGAUACAUACCGUCCAAAUUCCGCAGCUUUGUUCCGAAAUGUAUCAGCGGGAUCAAAAUCAGAAUUGAUACUUAAUGACGAAAUGGAGAAUGAAAAGAACUCCAACUAUGAUAUGAAUAUAAGUGCAAUCUAUAGCACAAAGGCAGAUUGGGGAGCUCAAUAUCGUGCACCAACAACCUUACAAAGCUUCAAUGGCAUGAACGGAACCAAUCCAAAUGGAUUAACCAAGAAACAAGAGCUCAUGGUUCGAAGUGCCAUUAAGUACUGGGUAGAACGUCAUAAGCAUGUUGUACGCUUCGUCUCUGCUAUCGGUGACACUUAUGGUUUAGCUUUAUUGCUUCACAUGUUGACAUCGACCAUUAUGCUAACAUUGUUGGCAUAUCAGGCAACCAAAAUUGAUGGCAUAACAGUUUUUGCACUCGGUGUGUUGGGCUAUCUUAUUUAUGCUCUCGCCCAAGUUUUCUUGUUCUGCAUCUUUGGCAACCGUCUAAUCGAGGAGAGCUCAAGUGUCAUGGAAGCAGCCUAUUCUUGUCAUUGGUAUGACGGAAGUGAAGAAGCAAAGACAUUCAUACAGAUUGUAUGCCAACAAUGUCAAAAGGCAAUGACCAUCUCUGGUGCGAAAUUCUUUACCGUUUCCCUUGACUUGUUUGCAUCGGUUUUAGGUGCGGUUGUUACCUACUUUAUGGUGCUUGUACAGCUCAAGUAAAUCUAUCGUUUUAAAGUGCAAUUAAAGAAAAAGAAAAUCGAAAUAUAUGAACAUA